AUGCAUGCAGUUCCGCUGCCCAAGAGAAAAGUCCCUCUCAAAAAGAAGCCAAAUCAGGGAUCGAGCUCGAAGCCUUCUGACUCGACCACCUCACAACCCGACCAGUCCAUUUCCUCCAUGGAGGCUGAUAUCCAAGAGACACCUAUCACAAGACCAGCCCCAAAACCGAUUCUGGAGACGCAAUCUUUUCCUUCCUCGACCACCCGGCCCACCAAAGAGCCAUUGUCUUCGUCUCGUCCAGAAGACCAGCAAACAAAAUCACCUCUUCAACCUCUGUCUACCCCUCUCAACUUGGUCACACCCUCAACUAAAAAUCCUGCCUCCCUGAACCCACUUAUUAUUGCGGAGGCCUCACUCAAACGUCCCCUCACCGAAGAAAGUGAGGGGCAGAAUAAACUUCUGCGGAAAGAGGAGACGACUGACGUCACACGUCCCUCUAUCCUUUUGCUGACCAAUGGCAGCGGCGCAGAAGUAUCAUCCUUUCUUAACGAAGUUCUUCCUUCCCAAGAUCUCCGCGAUGACGAUACCACCCUCCAUGACCGAGGUGAUCGUAUCGCUAAGUGGCUAGCACAGGGGUCCUUCCUAUUCCGGAAUAAGCUAGACGAUCUCACAUAUCGGUGUCACGAGCUUCGUGAGAGGCUGAAGGAUGAAACGGUGCAGAGAAAGGCCCUGGAGGCUGAGAAGGAAACCCUCGAAGGGGCCAUGAAGGCCUUCGAGGAGGCGCUCGCGGCUGAACAAAUGGUGUGGCAUACCACUGCCGGCCAGCAUUACCUCCAAGAGUACCGCGAUCAAGUGGUGACUGCCUUCAAGCAUUCACCACAAUAUCUAAAGGAGGUGCAGAAGUGCAGAAAGCAGUUCAACGUGGAGGCUAUCUGGGACGCUCUACCCAAGGCUCCAGCUGGCUUCCAGAGCAAUCUCGACUUACCGCUUGAUUACAAGUGGUGGUCGGGCCUCCUCGAGCGUACUGUGAAUCAAGAUGAUACUCGGAAGAAGAACUUGACACUGCCCUACUUGUCAACUCCCGAACAAACUCCUCUCGAUACCAAUGCCAAUACCGAGCAAGCCUCUUCGAAUCCUAAUAUUCCCGCUCCUUGA